UGUUGCGCCUCUGGGUUUAUAGACUCUGUGGUGUAGCCUUUUUGUCUUCUACCAAACCACAAUAAGAAAUGUAAGCGUCCGCACAGUGCUUCGAAAUAAACUUAGCGAUUUCAACGCAUGCUCCGGUAUCAUCACUACUGAAUGCCCAGCUAUCUCUCUGUCGAUCGAAAAUGUAUAAACUAGAUGGGUUUCGUGUGUUUUUAAAUGAGCGUUUAACGGCGGCUGUUCUGGAGAUUUUCGGGGCAGUUGAGAAAACGGUAGUGGAGUACCAGGAGGAGAAUGAUCGGCUACGGAGACUGCUGCGGAGGACACCGGAGAUACAACUAUGUAGAAUAGACUCCCUGCAGCUCUCUGUCUCUGAAGAGGAGGUUCCCCCUGAGCAGCAGCACUGUGAGCAGGAGUGGAGCCCCAGUCUGGGACAGAAGGACCCAGAGACCAAACAGAUUAAAGAGGAACAUGAGGAAGUCAUGACCAGUCAGGAGGAAGAGCAGCUUCAAGGUCUUGAGCCUGAUAUCAUAGAGUUCAAAUUCACGCCUUCCUGUGUGAAAAGUGAAUGUGAUCAGGAGGAACCACUUCAGUCCUUGACUCUUCCCCAAACUAAGACUGAGGAAAACAGAGAGAGUGACUCUAAACCAGUGGAUCCCAAACUUUUUGUUACUGUGACCCACUUAAAAGGUCUCGACAUUCCCUGUGACCCUCCAGAUAAUCAAAACAAUGCCUCCAGCCACAGUUCAGCUGUAAGCAGCGACCCAGUAGGACUUGACAGUUGCCCACCAUUGGUUCCCAGUCCACCAUUAGAUCCCAGUCCACCAUUAGAUCCCAGUCCACCAUUGGAUCCCGGUCCACCAUUACAUCCCGGUCCACCAUUAGAUCCCAGUCCACCAUUAGAUCCCAGUUCACCAUUAGAUCCCAGUUCACCAUUAGAUCCCAGUCCACCAUUAGAUCCCAGUCCACCAUUAGAUCCCAGUUCACCAUUAGAUCCCAGUUCACCAUUAGAUCCCAGUCCACCAUUAGAUCCCAGUCCACCAUUAGAUCCCAGUCCACCAUUAGAUCCCAGUCCACCAUUAGAUCCCAGUCCACCAUUGAGGAAAUACCAUUCCAAACACAGCACCCAUUCUAAAACAACCCACAGCUGCCAUGACUGUGGGAAAAGCUUCAGUAUCAAGAAGGACCUAACCAGGCAUAAACUGACUCACACCGGAGAGAAACCAUUUAGCUGUGGUGAUUGUGGGAAAAGCUUCAGUCAGAAGGGAGACCUAGGGAGGCACAUACUGACUCAUACAGGAGAGAAACCUUUUAGUUGUGGUGACUGUGGUAAAAAAUUCAAUUGCCACUGGCUCCUAACCAGACAUAAACUGACUCACACAGGAGAGAAACCAUUUAGCUGUGGUGACUGUGGGAAAAGCUUCAAUCAGAAGGGUCACCUAAACUUUCAUAUACGGACUCACACAGGAGUGAAUCCAUUUAGCUGUGAGGACUGCGAUAAAAGCUUCAGAAACAAGGGCACCUUAGCCGAACAUAUACAGAUUCACAAAGGAGAGAAACAACAUGGCUGCUCAAUCUGUGGCAAAAGUUUCACUCAUAAAACAAAUCUUCUGAGGCAUGUGGAUAAAGUCCACAAUGGAAGAAAACAGGAAUAAAAACUGAAAGACUAAAGAAAAUGAGGACAAAGAUGUUCUGUCAGAAGAUGGGAAUAACAGGCAGGAUGUGGGCAACACACUUAGGAAAGCAAAGCAAAUCUGGAUCAUUCUUGCUUUGGGGUCCAAAUGUAUAGGUGUGUGAUCAAAUGGUACAUCGUCACAAGUCUGCUGAUCGAAGUCUGUUGAUGUUGUCACGUAAUUUACAAAAAGGAAUUCCUGGGCAUUUUUUUUAGUAAUUUCUCUCAUAAUGUCUGAUAUUAUUGAUACAUAAAAUACAAUUCCAGAAAAGGUUGCCUAAAUAAACCUACAAGAGAAAUCUCAACAGAUUUCACCUAAUGCUGCUCAUUCAUGAUAUUGAUUUAAUCUUGUAUAGAGUAAUGACAUACAGUUGACUCCCGGUGGAGAAUGGAUUCUCCCAGAUCAGCCUAAACUGUUUGUCGACAUGUAAACUCAGCAAAAAAAAAGAAACGUCCUCUGCGUUUAUUUUAAGCAAACUUAAACUCUUCCACCAAGGCACCUGCAAGUUCCUGGACAUUUCUGAGGGGGGGAAUGGCCCUAGCCCUCACCCUCCGAUCCAACAGGUCCCAGACGUGCUCAAUGGGAUUGAGAUCCGGGCUCUUCACAGGCCAUGGCAGAACACGGACAUUCCUGUCUUGCAGGAAAUCACACAUAGAACGAGCAGUAUGGCUGGUGGUAUUGUCCUGCUGGAGGGUCAUGUCAGGAUGAGCCUGCAGGAAGGGUACCACAUGAGGGAGGAGGAUGUCUUCCCUGUAACGCACAGCGUUGAGAUUGCCUGCAAUGACAACAAGCUCAGUCUGAUGAUGCUGUGACACAGCGCCCCAGACCAUGACGGACCCUCCACCUCCAAAUCAAUCCCGCUCCAGAGUACAGGCCUCGGUGUAAAGCUCAUUCCUUUGACGAUAAACGCGAAUCUGACCAUCACCCCUGGUGAGACAAAACCACUACUCAUCAGUGAAGAGCACUUUUUGCCAAUCCUGUCUGGUCCAGCGAUGGUGGGUUUGUGCCCAUAGGCGACGUUGUUGCCUGUGAGGUCUGGUGAGGACCUGCCUUACAACAGGCCUACCAGCCCUCAGUCCAGCCUCUCUCAGCCUAUUGCGGACAGUCUGAGCACUGAUGGAGGGAUUCCUGGUGUAACUCGGGCAGUUGUUGUUGCCAUCCUGUACAUGUCCCGCAGGUGUGAUGUUCGGAUGUACCGAUCCUGUGCAGGUGCUGUUACAAGUGGUCUGCCACUGCGAGGACGAUCAGCUGUCUGUCCUGUCUCCCUGUAGCGCUGUCUUAGGCGUCUCACCGUACGGACAUUGCAAUUUAUUUCCCUGGCCACAUCUGCAGUCCUCAUGCCUCCUUGCAGCAUGCCUAAGGCAUGUUCACGCAGAUGAUCACAGACCCUGGUCAUCUUUCUUUUGGUGUUUUUCAGAGUCUGUAGAAAGGCCUCUUUAGUGUCCUAAGUUUUCAUAAAUGACCUUAAUUGCCUACCGCCUGUAAACUGUUAGUGUCUUAACGACCGUUCCACAGGUGCAUGUUCAUUAAUUGUUUAUGGUUCAUUGAACAAGCAGGGAAACAGUGGUUUAAACCCUUUACAAUGAAGAUCUGUGAAGUUAUUUGGAUUUGUAAGAAUUAUCUUUGAAAGACAGGGUCCUGAAAAAGGGACGUUUCUUUUGUUGUAGCUGAGUUUAGUUAUUGUUUCCCUUUACUACUGAUCUGUAGGUUGCCUUAAUAAACCUUCAUCCAGCAGGCAGCGCUGUUUCUGGGUUCGCCACCCACUAGAAUUACGACUUUUCAAUUGUUUUUGACUAGAUCACGUAAGUAGAAUACUUCCACUAGUUGCCACAGCCAGAAGAAAAAAAAUGGCUAUAUUGUAAAAAUGUAUGUGUAACAGUAUAACUUCAGUCUGUACCCUCGCCCCGACCCAGGCGCGAACCAGGGACCCUCUGCACACAUCAACAAGUGACACCCACGAAGCAUCGUUACCCAUCGCUCCACAAAAGCCGCGGUCCUUGCAGAGCAAGGGGAACCACUACUUCAAGGUCUCUGAGCAAGUGAUGUCACCGAUUGAAACGCUAUUAGCGCGCACCACCGCUAACUAGCUAGCCAUUUCACAUCCGUUACAUAUGAAAACAAAAAAAUCUGAAAUUUAAGGUUAGGGUUAAGCAUAAUGUUAGCAGUGUGGAGCAAGGUUAGGUUUAAAAUCACAUUUAAAAAAGAUAAAAUUGUAGAAAUGGGCGGGGUCUAUGACUUUAUGGCUGUGGUAACUAGUGACGACCACCUCGACUUGAUUUUGCCUUCAUUGUGUGGAGUAAAGAAUGACAUGUUAACAACCAGGCUACGCAACUCCCAUUCCACAGAAAAUGUGUAAACUACAGUUGUUGCAUGUGUUUUUAUUACAUUUGUAUAGUAACCCCAGACAAGCACACCUGACUAAACUUGUGAACUAAUCAUAAAGCCUCUGAUGAGUUGAAUGACGAAGUUGGGUAAGCGCUGCCCCAGCGCAAUAGAGUACCACAGUAUGAGUCAUAUUAUCCAUAAAACCUAGCGGUCAAACAAGGAAAUGGUUCCAAUUGUUUUUCCAGCAUACAUUUUUCUCAUAGGGGAUUUUAGAAACACUUAAAAUAAGUGCUGUGUUUCAUGUCGAUUUACCCUGGCGUGACGUUUUGAUAAACGUGUGAAUCUCUCCAGGACAAGUUGACUUUUGGACAAUAUAUUCGGCUCUAUUUACACCCCGAAAUGAAACCCUAAUUAGCUGCUAAUGUGCCUAUCAAAAAGAACUACAAAUGCCAUGAUGAUCUGCAUGAGACUGCAGAAUCGAGGCAAAGGCAAGAAUCUCUGGAUUAACUAUCUAAUGUUAUCUAAAAUAUAGUAAUGAAUAAAUUGACUACAUUUCUUUAACUUGACAAUUAUGUGAAUUGUCCUGUGCAAGUUUUAAAUUGACACCAUACCUGUUAGUAAAGGUGUCCACUAGAGAUGACGUGCAAGAGCUUGCAGGGAUUUUCAGUCUUGAAUGAUGUCUACUUUAAUGCUAAUUAGCAUUUUCGAAUCUUAGAGUAAAUAGAGCUGAAUAUAUUGCUAAAAGUUCACUUGGCCGAGAGAGAUUUAAAACGUCACACCAGGGUAAGCCUACGCGAAACACAUCCCUUAUUUUAAGUGUUUCUAAAAAAUAAAUAAAUGGUAAAGAAAAACUAUUGGAACCGUUUUACAGUAUUAUGACACCACCACUGUAGGGCUCUAUUACUGAGUUCUCGUAAUCCGAGUCGGAGUGCACCGGUUUAUGGCCUGUGACAUGAAUGGGAAAAACCGAUGAAGGACGACCGCGCUACUCGGUCAUGUUGUCAAUAAGGCAGCAUGGUGCAUCGUGGUACAUCUAUUUUCCAUACAAUAUAUGUUCACGUUUUCAUUUGGAAGGCAAUUAAAGCAUUUUAUCAAAAUC